AUGCCUCUCGCCAACCUUCCACCCGAGUUGAUUCUCCAGAUUUCAGGUUUCCUAGGACACAAGGACUUGAACUCUCUGGCCCAAACCAGCCGAGUCAACUAUCAGUUGCUAAACCCAUCCUUGUACCGCUCUAUCCUCCGAAGCGAUCAGUCCCGCGCACUGGACCGGGCCAUCUACAGAGGCCACGUCUCGACGCUCAAAAGGCUCAUCGAGUAUGGAGCUAAUGUCCCACCAAUCUAUAGCAGAGAAAGUCGGAUCAUCAUGGCUGGCCGUAGAGGUCAUGUGGCGAUGGUUGCAUUUUUGAUAGAUCGCGAAGGGCCCGGGGGAGUGGAAAAAUACUUUCUGUAUGACAUCGCAGUCAGAACUGGCAAUGUGCCCAUGCUCCAGAUCCUAGUCGAGCGUGGUCUUCGAGUCGUCAACCCCGACUGGUCUCUUAUCGCCGCAGCAAAACGCGGACAUCUACGUAUGCUGGAAUACCUCGUAUCCCAACACCGAGAUUUCAAUCGUUCAUACACGAUUAUGCACGGGGCAUUGUACUGGGGAAUCUGUCGCAGACGCGUUGCCGUGGUCAAGUUCCUGCUGAGCAAGGGGGUCUCUCCAAAUGGAAAGCCGAGCCAGAGAAAAUGCGAACCUCUUCUGAACAUCGCAGUGGCACGCGGAACCCUGGAGAUUGUUCGUCUGCUCCUAGAUCACGGUGCUAGACCAUUCAAGGAAGAGACCCUCCUACUUGUUGGUGAGAACCUCAGCCAACCGAUUGAGAUCGCACGUCUCUUGCUGGCGCGGUUCCCCGAGUUAAAAUCUCAACUUCCAGGCCUCCUGGUGAAAGCCGCAAGACAUAGGUCUGGCUAUUCCAGUCUGGUGAGUUUCGUCUUGUCCCAGGGCGUUGACCCGAAUUACGCAACUCCGGGCGAAAGGAAGGUCCUUUCGAUCGCAGUGGUACUUGGCAACGUCGGAUGCGUUAGAGCCCUUCUCGGCGCAGGCGCCAAUCCUCUUCUUCCAGACAUGGACGGGGCAACAACACUGGACCUGGCUAAAGAGCGGCCCUACAGAAAGAACCAUGUUAUCCUUGGCUUGAUCCUUGAAGUAUCACGGCGUGUGGCAGGAUCAGGAUGAAAGUGAACGUUGUUGUGUGUUGUGUUUUGGUAUUGGGUACACUUUCUGGUAAAUUGGAUGGGUGGGUGGGAAAUGAAGCCUAAUGAUUGACGAACCACAAU